AAAACCAGAAGAGAAAAUUUAAAAGGCUCGUCCAUUUAGAUGUGAUUAUGUCCCGAGUGAACUAAACAUGGCUGUUGGUGUAUUCGUCGUGAGCUUCUUCUUAGUUUCUCCGUUCAUACCUCUCGUUUAUCUGAUUGUUCCACCAAAGACACCUGUUUUAUCUGGGUUUGAACCUGCUGCUACUGGCUCCAACCGUGAACUCGUUUGUGAUGCGUCUCAACCUGACGCGGGGACCAUCACCUAUAAAUGGUAUAAAUACUCGAUUGUUAAUGGUGUAGAGAAUUGGGAAGCCAGAGGACCUAUCGGCACAAGACAGAAUUACAUCUUUAGUCCAGUGACUGAGAAGAAAGUGUUCCACGGUUUAUUUGAAGAGCCUGUCAGUGGCAAAUACCUAUGUCGAGCAUCGAACUCGGCCGGAAUAAGAGACAGCGAAUGGGGAGAUCUGUAUGUCUAUACACCAUUUGAGUUAUUCAAUAAUAUAGGCUUCUGAGAAGUAAAUGUCCACGUCAUUGCGGGCAUUGUAUCAAAGGUUUUACAUGAAGAGAAUGUCAAAUGAAAACAAAUACAAGAGGUUCUUUAGCUCAGUAAAACUAUGUAUAAAUAGAGUUCGAUAUAUUUUACAGGAAUCUCGCUGUGUGUUUAGAAUUUUAUUUUUCAUAACGAUGCCUCGAAUGAAAAGGUAGCCAUUAUCGAGUGAUUGUUCUCCGACUAGUGACUCAUGUGAUUCCUCCAUUACACUGAUGUCGUUUCUUCACCAAUUUUGUUAAGUGAAUUACAUCAUUCUUAUAUACGGA